AUGGCAGCCGUCACCGCAAACUCCUCGGCAAUCACCUUCCUCACGGACGCUGCCCAUUUGCUUCGAGAUGCAGCUCCAGAGACAUCGGCGCAUCUCCUGAGCCAGAGGGCAGGGCUUCUAUACUCUCACGACAUGGCGCCCUCAGACCUUGAACGACAGCAUGUCUGCGCUGCCUGUGGUCACAUCAUGGUCCCCGGACAAGGAACUCAACUGAAAUUGGAGACACUGAGGGCCACGAGGAGAAAGACACGGGCUUCCAAAACGACAAAACCUGGCUCUGCGCGAGAGCGAUCCAAGGAUUGGACGUGUGGCUUCUGCGCCAGAGUCACCAGAAUCCCCCUUUCGGCUCCCGAACCUAUCACGCGUCACAAGGCUUCCAAGGCAAAGAUGCAAAAGCCCACUGGCAACGUCGAGGCACAAAAACCAGCCACUGCGAACGCGAGCAGCAAGAAGCGCGCCAAGAAUCGCAAGGCGGGAUUGCAGGCUUUGCUCUCUGGCCAGCAGCGCCAAUCGAACUCGCUAUCACUUGCGGACUUUAUGAUGAAAUAA